CGCAAGGGUCAGUCUAUUACCAAAUAUUGUAGAGUGAGGAUCUAGUGCCGCGUUGAUAUUUAUUUAAGUGCGUGAUAUUUCAUCAUUUUUCGUUAUUCAGAACCAUUUUAGUAUUACUUAACACCGUUUACUUAACAUUGUUGGUUGAUGUUGAAAAAUUCGAAGUAUUGAGGGAACGCGAAAUUCAAAACGACGCCAUCUGAAGAUGUGGUUCCUUUUAACUGUUACCUCUUUCAUGAAAUUUGACGAUUCCUAUUUAAUGACGAGCUUGAUGAUGGUUUGAGUCACAACUACAUUGAUGACAACGUUUUUCGCAGAUAAUUUAACAACGAAAAGUAAGCUUGAAAAAGGAGCUGCCAGUCCUGAAGGACAAAUGCGUGACAAUAUUCCAUGCGUGGCCACUAUAUAAAAAGGUGAAACUCGUGGAAAGAGUUACUUUUGUUCCUUUGGUCUUUACGUUAGAACGUGUCUAAAAAAAUUGUUCUCCCUCUUCGGUGAACUCUCACCUAAUUAGAUUUUUCAUUAUGUCGCAACGAUUCGUUUGCGCUUUGUUAACGGCCAGCGUUGUUUGCUGUGCACUCGCGGAGAAUAAUGAGUUAGCCGCAGUUUCUGAAUUCGUUAAGAAACAGUCUACGGAAGACAAACCCUCCUCGAACGUUGUACACGGUAAAAAUUCUUCCAAGACGUCACAUUUAAACAGCAUAGUGCCGAAUAGCGAGCAAUCUGGACACGAGAAGAACAUGGAUAAGCACCCACGAACGAUCAACCAUCGAUUGGAAUCUGAUUCGAGAGGUUCCAGUUGCUGCGGAUCCAGAUACGGUUCCAAUUCGUCAACGCGACCCGAUUCGCAUUACAGUAGGAUCCCUGGGGACAGCAGUCGAUAUCCAACUAAGUUUGGCGAACGUUUGCCCUUUGAUAGAUACGGUUGGCAAACUCAAGGAUCAUUAUCAGGAAGCAUUGGAAGACCCGGAAGUGGGAAUUACGCUGGAACUGCGUUUUAUGAAGGAAGUCAAGCAGGCGAUAGAUUUGGUUCACGACCGAGCUAUGGAAGCGAAGGUUCACGCAAACCCGGUGGUUACGAUUCCAGCGUGUCUGGAGGAUAUGGUUAUGCUAACAGUGGUUUCGGAGGGUAUAGUUUUAACCGACCAACUGGGUACGCAGGGUCUACUGGUGGUUAUGGAAUUUCAGGAACUUUUGCUAAUGGCGAUGAAUUCGGACCUGUGGAGCCAAAUCGUCCAGAGGGACAUACUCCUUCCUAUCCAAACAUUAACGCGCAGAAGGCGGUCGCUUUAAAAGCAUUAGCAGGCGUUGCACUAAUUGGAGCAGCCGCAGCUUUAGCAACGAAUCCCGUUCUUCUUCCGCUCGGAGUUGUGUCAGGCAGAAGGAAACGAUCGAGCGUGUCCAUUAAAGACAGAGAUGCUUAUAUGAAUUACAUAAUGAACUUGAAAAGUAACGUUACCAAGUUGGACGAUAAAGAUGGAAACAAAAUAUCUGUCUCACCAACAUGUGUCGCCAGACUCACGUGUGAGAUCCAAAAGAAUUACUGGAUCAAUCGUAAGAAGGAUGCUAACUUUCUCAAAGAAAGAUCAGCGCUAGAACGUCAUCUGAACAAUUUACUUCUAAACAGUGUACCUAACGAAGAAUUUGUGAAUGCACGCAUUAAAAGCUUGGUAAAAGCAGCAACGAUUGUUGCCUCGAAUGGGGAGAAUUGCAGCACAUUUACUUGUACAUUUCUAAAAAACAAAAAAGCCAAAAGUUUUGUUUUUAAACUUUAGAGUUUGGGACCUUGUAAUUGUAAUUUGACAUUCGCUUAAAGAUACAAAACGGUAAAAGAAUAAAAACGCGAAAUAUGCUGAUGCGUAGUACUGUUGUGCUGUUGAUUAUUACACUAGUUUCCUCUUCUUGCCAUCGAAAGGAAGAAACCAUACGAGAAAGUAAGAUAAAGAUAGGAAAUAGUACAAAAUAUAAAGUUAAUGAAAUUGAGAAAAUAAAGAUAAA